CCGUAAUUUUUUUUCUGCUAGUCGGGCUAAAUAUUUAUUUACUGUGCUCUAGAUUUUUUCAGAAAAAUUACGAAUCAGUUUAAACAAAUGAUCAAUGUUAUCAUCGACAAUAACAGGCAGUCACCUUUCCCGUGGCUUUAAUCGCUUGAAACUCAUAUACGAUGCAAGCUAUGGGGAAAAGAUUCCUAAUUUAACUUUAACCGGAUCUUCCAGAACUGUGAAUUGCCCAUAUUCUACGACUGCUAGAACGGACAUUUGGGAAAAUGGUCUUCCAUCGGUAUCCAGUAACACCCCGCCAAAAGAUUCUAGAGUGGUUAUCUGUGGCGGAGGGAUUAUGGGAGCUGCGGUGGCACAUCAACUAGCACAAAGAGGAUGGGGCCAGCACACGGUAUUGAUUGAAAGAGGACGAAUUGGCGAAGGCAAUCCGUGGCAUUUCAGCGGCUUGCUGGGAGAGUUGAAACCAACCCAUUCACAAGUGCUCCUUGCACAAACUUCGUUAGAAUUAAUUCGGGAUUUACAUGCUAAAGGCCUCCCAACAGGAUGGAAACAAACCGGAUCUUUAAACUUGGCUCGUACUCGUGACCGCAUGACCAUGUUCCGUCGCAUGAAAUCACAAAGCGUAGCCUGGAAUGUAGAAUGUGAAAUCGUAUCAGCCGAAAAAUGCAAAGAGCUUUGUCCUUUAAUUGAUAUAAGUGAUAUAGUGGGGGGGUUGUGGAUUCCAAACGACGGAGUUGGAAACCCGAACGCCUUUUGUCACAGCUUGGUGCAUGAAUCUCUCGAAAAGGGUCUAACAGUAGCUGAAAACUGUUCCGUAACUAAAGUCAUACAAAAGGACGGACGAGUUAAAGCGGUUGAAACGAGCAAAGGCACUGUGGAAUGUGUAUAUUUUGUAAACUGUGCAGGAUUUUGGGCCCGGCAAGUGGGGCAGAUGUCAGAGCCAUAUGUUAAAGUGCCACUUCAUGCAGCAGAACAUUACUAUCUUCAUACCAAACCAAUCGCUGGGCUUGAGGGGAAGAUUCCUGUCGUACGGGACCUGGAUGGGCACAUUUACUUCCGAGAAAAUGAUGGAUGCCUUUUGGCUGGUGGGUUCGAAGCGACCGCGAAACCCGCCUACGAAGAUGGCGAAAUACCUGUUUCGACGGCUGAACGAAAACUUCAUCCAGAUUGGGAUCAUUUUCAUCCCCUCCUAGAAGAACUUCUUCGUCGCUGCCCUACACUUCAAGAUAUUCCUCUGGAGAGGCUUUCCAACUGCCCAGAAGCAUUUUCGCCAGACUGUAAAUGGAUCAUUGGUGAAGCUCCAGAGAUUCAAAAUUAUUUGGUAGCUGCUGGAAUGAAAACUGUGGGAAUGUCUGCAGCUGGCGGAGUAGGACGAGCGAUAGCAGAUAUAAUAACACAAGGUUAUUCUACGGUGGACUUACACGAGUUAGAUAUAUCCCGUUUCUUGGGUCUGCACAAUAAUCGAAAAUUUCUUCGUGACCGUGUUCGAGAGGUGCCUGGACUGCAUUACGAUCUUAAUUAUCCGUUUCAUGAAUUUCGAACAGGCAGAAAUUUGCGAAUGUCUCCAAUCUUUCCCGCGUUAAAGGAAGCAGGAGCAGUCUUCAGUCAGGUGAUGGGUUACGAACGACCUGCGUGGUUUGAUAAGAAAAAUGCCACUAAUGAAAAGGGUAGCCCUAAAUUUCGCAUAGCCACAACCAACGGAUUUGGUAAACCACAUUGGUUUGACCAUGUACAAAGCGAGUAUGAAAAUUGUCGCGAAAGAAUAGGAAUGAGCGAUUACAGUACAUUUACAAAGAUCGAUUUGUGGUCCAAAGGAAAUGAAGUAGUCGAUCUGCUACAGUAUCUUUGCUCCAAUGAUGUAGAUCAACCAGUAGGAUCAAUUAUUCACACCGGCAUGCACAACCGCCAUGGUGGAUAUGAGAAUGAUUGCUCAUUGGCGCGGUUAUCAGAAAAUCAUUACAUGAUGAUUGCACCGACUGUACAGCAGGCUCGUUGUAAAGCAUGGAUUGAUCGACAUUUACCACCGGGAGGUCGUGUAAGCGUAUCAGAUGUGACGUCUAUGUACACUGCAAUCUGCAUUAUGGGACCUUUUACUCGGAUUAUGCUUUCCGAGCUUACGGAUACUGAUUUGUCUCCAAAAAGUUUUCCAUUUUUCACUUGUAAGGAACUGGACGUCGGUCUUGCAAAUGGAAUUCGAGCAUUGAAUCUUACUCACACUGGAGAACUCGGCUAUGUCCUUUACAUACCAAACGAAUUCGCAUUACACGUAUACACGAAGCUCAUGGAGGCUGGCCAAAAAUAUGGAAUACGACACUGCGGCUAUUAUGCUAUGAGAACACUUCGAGUAGAAAAGUUUUUUGCAUUUUGGGGUCAGGAUUUGGACACGUUUACAACUCCUUUAGAGUGCGGACGAAUGUGGCGCGUAAAGUUUAAUAAAGGGGUAGAUUUUAUCGGAAGAGAUGCUUUGCUUCAGCAAAGAGAUAAAGGAGUGGAACGUAUGUACAUACAGUUGCUGAUCAACGAUCACGAUCCUGACCUUGACUUGUGGAGUUGGGGCGGUGAGCCGAUAUAUCGUGAUGGGAUAUACUGUGGGCAAACAACUACUACCGCAUACGGAUUUACUUUCAAAAAACAGAUUUGUCUCGGAUUCGUAAAAAAUUUGCAUUCAAGUGGACGGGCACUUCCGGUAACAAAUGAUUACAUACUGAGUGGCGAUUAUGAGGUUGAAAUAGCUGGAAUACGUUAUCCCGCUAAGGCUAAUCUUCAUUCUCCAAACUUGCCCACCAAGUACCCGGAUCAAGAACGAGAGGCAUACAAAGCUACGCGUGAUAAGAUGGACGAGUCGAAUCUUUUGGCUUAUCGACCCAAUAAGUAAUCCGUAUCCAAUGGUUUGAGCGUUAGAUCAUUAUUUGUUCUAAUAUUGUCGAAUGUGUGAAAAAUAACAGUUUGUUGCUGAUUCGUUUUAAAUAAAGGAUUUUAUUUUUGUUAA